GAUCGUCGAUGUUUUGUGAUAGAAUUAAUUUUAUGAAACUUUUAUGAAAACGGUGUAUAUUUCCAAUUAUGUCAAUUUUUAAUGAACUUCUAUUACCAAAAUUCCUUGAAAUACAAAAGACAUAUGAGACAACCUUUAAUGACGAGCUUAAGGCCGCACUCGAAAGUUUUGAUAAGUUUGAAGAGGAUUUUCAAAAAGGUCGGGCGACAGUUCGUGAAAGGACGCUAAAAGACAAAAAUGCCCUGACAACUCUUCAAAGUAUUACCGAGGAUGAAGAUGAUAAACCUAAAACUAGUGACGAACGAUGCUCCACAGAGAGUGGGAAAGAGAACAGAGGAUCUAAAAAACGGAGUAAAAAUGAAGUGGAUGAUAUGUUAAGUCCUGAACAAGAUAAACGGCUUAAGAGGAAUGCAUCUGUUAAAGCUCAGAGCAUAAUAAGUAAACAAAAUAAUGAGGAAAGUGUCAUUAUUGUUUCUUCUGAGGUAAAUGUAAACUUAACUAAAAAAUUACGCCGUGAGAAUUCUACUGAAAAAAAGAGUCGUCGUAACAAUGAUGAAACAGAAAAAGAUGAACUAUUAUCUGCUGUGCAGAUUAAACAAGAGAAGAUCUCCGUACCACCUGAGCCCCAGCCAAUGGAGAUGGAAUCAUUGCCAGUGAACAUACCAAUCAAACAGGAGCCCACUCAUGAUGACAUUGCUAUGCCGCCACCUGUUAUUCCCAUCACAAAGUCACGCAAAGGAGCUCAAAAGAAGAAGUCCGAAGAGGGCGAAGGGGAAACUAAGAGCCGUAGCGCUCGCUCGAAGAAACAGACGGAUGAACCUACACGUGCUUCAACGCGUGCAACCCGAGCCAGUUCGAGAGCCAUGAAAAAAGAAGACGAUGAAAUGGCUCCACCCCCCGCUGGAACACGGCCCAAGCGGACUAGGGCUAAAAAAGUGACACCCGAAGUAUCUGAAGAGGGUAAGGAAAGGCAAAGUAUAGAAGACAGUUCCAUAGCAUCACCAGCAGAUAAACGUCCAAAGAGAACGAGACGGGGACGAAAAGCUUCAGACAAACAAGAACCAGCUCAAGUGAUUGAUCAUACACCAGACAUAAUUUCCCCCAAAGAAGGAAGAACAUCAAUUCCGGAGACUACCACAGAUUCACCUAUAUUACAAAAAUCAAUAACAAAGAAAAAACAUGAACAAUCCGAAAGUAUUAAUAUUGGAAAACCAAAAAAUGGAAUUAUCAAACCGAAUGGUAUCGCUGUAGAAAAUGGAAUCUAUUCAGGAUUACAUACAUUAGAAAUAUGUAAUGGAAUCAAUGAAACAUAUGUUACAACUUCAAGCCAAGCAUUGGAUGAAACGAGGGUUCUUGAUAAAUUGAACUCGACAGUUACUUUAUCAAAAGAUUUGGAUAAAGAUGUUGUUUUGCCAAAUGGAGAUGGUCAUGCUGAAAUAUUCAAAGCUAAGAUGAACGAAACGGUAGUAAUUGAAAAAGACAACACAAACAAACAAAUUAUGGACGCUACGGUCGUCUUGGAGAAAGAUCCGAAGCCUACAAAUGUAACCGACGAUAAUUCAUUGAUGACUGACGACGAUUCCAUAGAAGAGAAGACUCCACCCCACAAGCCGACCCCACAGCCCACGUCGGCUGUUAAAGAAAAAGUGCAACAAUUUGAAGAAAUGGCAUCACGAAUUACUAGGACGAAGACACGGGCGUUGGCCAAGAAGGAGGAGUCUACAGAGAAUCAAACCCCGCCCGAUAAAACAAUACCCUCUGCUGUCGCCUCUGAUACUCUCGCCAAAAUGAACAAUUUGAUAUUCAAGUCGAAGAUGCCACAGUUGAGCCACUCUGCCUCGAAGCCGACAGCAAAUAAUUCUCUUAUAAAAUCUCAAAUCCCUACAUCCACAUCCAAAUUAAGCGGUAUUAAUAGAGCAAGGGAGGCCGCAGAAGAACAAAAGAGGGAGAAAGAAGAUGCCAGAAGGAAAAAGGAAGCACUUUUGGAGGCUAAGAGGGAGAUGCAUAAGAGAAAAAGAGAAGAAAAGAUGGCGGCCGCGGCUGCAGCUCGUGAGGCGUCGGAAAGAGAAAGGAGAGCUGCGUUGGCUGCAGCAGCUAGGGAGAGGCAGGAGAAGCAGAUGCAUGCUGACGUGAGCAAACAAGAGAGGCUGAAGGAGAUGGAAAAGAAAAAGCUAGAGUAUGCGCGUAAAGUAGCAGAGACGGAAGAGAGACGGCGCGCAGAAGAGAUUGCAAGACAAAAAAAACUUGAAGAAGAACAGAAAAAGGCCGAAGAGAGAAGGAAACAACUAGAGGAAGCUGAUGUAGAUAAAAGAGAAGCUGUGCUAAUGAAACGCGAAAUGGACAGAAAGAACAAAGAGUACCAGGAAAAGUUAAAAAUGAAAAAGAAAUUGGAAAAUGAAAAAAUGCCAACACCGCCGAAGUAUCGACCAGACCCAGUAUACAUGGAAGGCGGAUUCCAGUACCUCAACUCUGAUGAGGAAGCUGAACCCGAACGCCGACCAGACCCUGAGUGGUCUACCUCUAAGAACCGUCACCGCCAAGCGUGCAUUCAAAACCGUUUGAAGACGUCAGACAUAGACAAGCUAUUUUCAGUCCGUGAACAGACAGCGGAUCUUAGAGAAAUAUUCCCGACCAUAGACCGUUCGAGACUCAAGAGGACUUCUUCAGCAGUUUGGAGGACUCCGCCAAGACUACCUGCGGUUACGGAAUGAGGGUAUGAUUUCAGUCUGGUGUCUCAGGGAUAAAGUCGCAGGCGGCGAAUGUAUAUAGCUUUUAAUUUACACUAAUGUGCAUUGUAAUGUAGAAUAAAUUUGAGUAUUACAUAUUUAAUUGCUUCAUUCAGAUUUUUAUUAGUUUUUAAUUCUUCAUACAAAUUUUAGACAAUUUGUAGACGGUUUUAAAUCACACCACCGAAUAACCUCAUUCUACUAAUUGUAAAGGUUAAAUAAUGCGAAAUUACAAUUGAUUUCAAAUUGGAUUAAUUAUUUUAAUAUUCAAGUGUAAGGAUUAUUAUCAAUUUUACUCGUUUUUAAGAUUUUUAUUUUAUUUUAUUGGUCUCAUACACAACAGGUGAACGACAUUGAUUAAUAGACAUAAGUUUCAUGACCUGCGCCAGAAUUCUGUAAGUUCCAAUAGCGAUAGCGAUACCGACCCGUCGUUCUUGUAUGCAAUUUUGAUGCCAAUAUCCGUAGCGCUUGAUUAUAGCGAAAAAACUGAAUAUUGAAAACGUGAUCCGAUUGCUAUCGCUAUUCAACGUUUAUAUAAUUCUUUUCUCUAGCAAUAAUAGUUUAUGAUUUUUUUCUAUGUAUGUAA